UUAGUAGGCCCUUCCUCCAAGCAAUUCAUAUAUUGUGAAUAUAGGCAAACAUAUAGGAGUUCCAAAACUCUUUUGCUUAUUACAAUAUGCAAUCUGCAGCUAUUUCCUCUGUUGAAACUCAAGUGAAAACCAUAAAGGAGAUGAUGUUCUCUGAAAACAUCGAUCCAUACCAGUUUGUUUCCCCUUCAGCUUAUGACACAGCAUGGUUAGCCAUUAUUCCAGAUUCCCACCACCAAAAUAUGAAACCCAUGUUCCAGAAUUGUUUGAAUUGGGUGCUCAACAAUCAGAAACAACAAGGGUUUUGGGGAGAGUGUGACAGUCAUGGAAUGCCCUCUAUUGAGUGCCUGAUAGCAACUCUUGCUUGCAUUAUUGCACUCAAAAAGUGGGAUGUUGGCAGCGAAAUGAUAGAUAAAGGAAUGGAUUUUGUCCAUUCAAAUUCAGAGAAAUUCCUCAGUGAAAUAAAAGACAAUUGUCCACGUACACUAGCAAUUGUUUUGCCAGCAAUGUUUGAACUUAGCAAAAAGGUUGGGUUGAAGAUCGAAUUAGAAGAAAUUGCUAUCGCAGAUAUAUUCUGCCAGAGACAACGAAUCCUCGAUACGGAGCAAGCUGUUGACGACUACAAUUAUCCUCCAUUACUAUCAUUUCUUGAAGCGUUGCCUUCUGAAUAUGAAAUUGAUGAAGAAGAUAUAACCAAGAACUUGAGCGGUGAUGGUUCGCUGUUCCAUUCUCCGUCUGCUACAUCUUUUGCAUUCAUGGCCACAGGAAAUAAACACUGCUUGAGUUAUUUACAAUCUCUAGUUCAAAGAUGUCCCAACGGUGUUCCAACUAUGUAUCCCAUGGAUGAAGAGCUUAUAAAGCUUUGUGUUAUCAACCAUCUCCAUAGGCUGGGGUUGGCUGAGUAUUUCGUGACCGAGACCGAACGAGUUCUUGAACAAGUUUACAAGAAUUACAAGAAUCACGAAUCAUGGGCAAAGCCCAGCAAUUUAGUAUCAGCUCAGCUGUUGAAAGACUCUUUAGCUUUUCGACUCCUAAGGAUGCAUGGGUAUAACGUAUUGCCAUGGAGCAUGCGUUGGUCCAUAUGUGAUGAGAAAAUUAAAGCUUUAGUGCAAAACAACCUUGAAUUCUUCUGCAGUGUAAUGCUUAACAUUUAUAGAGCAACAGACCUUAUGUUUUCUGGAGAAUAUGAACUUCAAGAAUCAAGAUCUUUUUCAAGGAAUCUACUUGAAAAAUCCAUUUUAACAGGAGCAGCUGAUCAAAAUUCAUUUCGUAAACUGAUUGAGCAUGAGCUGAGUCUACCAUGGAUGGCUCGACUGGAUCACCUAGAUCAUAGGUUAUGGAUUGAAGCGAAUGAAAACAACGCCCUAUGGAAGGGAAAGGUGUUCUUUCAGAGGUUGUCAAGCCAUUAUAAUGACAAACUAAUUCAUCUUGCUAUGCAAAACUAUGAGUUUAAGCAAUCAAUUUACAAGGAUGAACUUGAAGAAUUGAGAAGAUGGUCAAAGGACUUGGGACUUACCCAUAUGGGAUUUGGAAGAGAGAAAACUACCUACUGUUAUUUCGCCGCCGCCGCCGCUUGCACGUCUCUUCCUUAUGAUUCCGAUGUACGUAAGAUGGUGGCUAAGAGUGCCAUAAUAGUUACAGUUGCUGAUGAUUUCUUUGACAUGAAAGGCUCUCUUAGCGACUUAAAUUGUCUCACUGAAGCAGUACAAAGAUGGGAUGACAAGCGCUUGAGUGGCCUUAGCAAAAAGAUCUUCAAUGCCCUUGAUAAUAUUGUGCAAGAAAUGUCAAUGAAGUACUACAAACAACAUGGAAGUGAUAUCACAAACAAUCUGAGAGAUAUUUGGUAUGAAACAUUUGAUUCAUGGAUGACGGAGUCUAACUGGAGUAGGAGUGAGUACAUACCAUCAAUAGAUGAAUAUCUUCAAACGGGGAUGAUCUCCAUUGCGGCCCACACCAUUGUCCUGCCACCUUCAUGUUUCUUGACUCCAAGCUUGCCAGAAUCCAAACUCCGCCCAUUCCAAUAUGAAAACAUAACGAAACUGCUCAUGGUCAUUGCUCGUUUAUUGAACGACAUGCAAAGUUAUCAGAAGGAAAAAUGUGAAGGAAAGAUAAACUCCAUUCUACUAUGCCUGCAAAACAACCCAGAGGCGGACAUGGAAGGGACAAUUGAAUACGUAAAAGAGAUAGUAGAGAAGAAAAAGAUGGAGUUUAUUGAGCAAGUUCUAAUGGAUGGCUUUAACGAUCUUCCCAAAGCAUGCAGGCAGUUUCAUCUCUCUUGUUUGAAAACAUUUCAGAUGUUUUUCCACUCCUCCAAUCGCUUCGAUUCCAACACAGAAAUGAUUGAAGACAUCAACAAAGCGAUCUACAAACCACUGUCUCUUCCUUCACAACCUACAAAGAAAUGUUGUCCCACUAUCAACUGUCAUUUUGGUGGUCCUUUCUUGAAAUAUAACUAUGUCAGGAUUACAUCAGUUCCACGUCAGCUUUCUGGGAUUAAUAAUGCUUCAAGAAAUGGGUUUUGGAAUAUGGCAAUAUCCCCACCAAAGUUCAGCUUUGGCUUCAUUUAGAUUAAAUAUAUUAUUCACCACUAAUAAAAUUCAGCUGAUGGAAGACAAUAUACUGGUUUGCCUAAUUAAUUAUGAAGUUGAAUAAUAGAUCCUUAAUACCAGCUUUUUAUGAUGUAAGUGGUUUGAUAAAAGUAAUUUGACUUUUCAUGAGUUAUGGUCCCACCAACCCAAAAAAUAAAAUAAAAUAAAAGUGGAAUCUGGGGCUAGUAUGCUGUAUUAUUUUUCUUGUAUUGGAUUGAUUCAUUAUAAGUAUUGCAUUGCAAUA